UUAUGUUACCCUUUCAGCUUAUAUUCCAAUUAUACAGGAUAUAUAAAAUAUCCACCUAGAUAUAAAUCUUGGUUUUAUAGUACUUAGCCUUCAGUUUAUUGUUUAAUUAACAACAUAAUUAAAACGGUUGUGCAAAAUUUCUAUUGUUUUUGGUUUAGAUCAAUGGUCGAAAAUAAUUUUAUGAGAUUUGAUACACAUAAAAAGCAAGAUAUUUUAAUUAACAGUAAAGUAUAUAAUUAGUAUAUAAACUUAUUAUAACUUAGUAUACAAUUUAAAUAUAUUUUAUAAUUUAAUACAUUUUUCAUCUGACCAUUUGUCAAUUUAUUUUUACUGCAUAUUAAAUUUAAAUAACAAUAUUCAACGUUAUUGCUACGACGCUGCAGUUUAGUCUAUUCGCUACCAGAUGGCUACUCUGGUACUCGUCUGUCACUAAUCGAUAUCGCUGGUACGGUACCCAAGUGCAAAAGCCCGAACGUAAGAGGAUUGUAUCAAAUAGUACCCUCGGCCAUUUCGUCCCACUAACAACAUACGAAGUGGAGGGAAGAAUCGUCUACCGUCGCCGUGGGGCCAUAAGAGAACUACAACUCUCACGGACGGGUUAUGCGGUGAAGGGUAGAAGAGAAUUUCGUGACUGGAACGAGGAGGGACAAACGGCAGUGGAAGAACGACUCUACCAGGUCUGACGCCGUCAGUCUCCGUCCUACGCAUCCAGCGCAUGACGUCGUGUGCUUUGUUUCUGUCACGUCUAGCGUGUACAGUGUUAUCUCUUCUUUUUUUACCGUCGUAUUAUUUUUACAGUUUUGUCAAUUAUUUUUAUACUAUUGCAGAAUGUCAUCGUUAUUAGCAAACUAGCGAAAAGUUUAUGUUUAGCAUUAGAAUUUAGUACAGUGUGAAAAUAUAAGAGGAGUACCUGUAAAAUGCUGCUGUGAAUAGAGUAAUACAGCGGCGAUAUCGACCACAUUUCAUGUGAAAAUUAUGGAUAAUUAGUAUUUCAGUUUAUCAAAAACUGCGAUGGCAUCGUGAAAAUGAGUUUUGACAAUUUGCCAUGAACAUGAAUAAAUUUAUUGUUAAGCAUAAAUAUUUAAAAUCCGAACACACGCUGAGAUUCAUGCCGACAUUACAUGUAUACCAAAUGCAAAAAUUUGCGUUAAAAAAUUUAUUGACUUCUUAUGCCAGUUGGUUAGCGAAUCCUUUAAAAAGACGUAGAUUCAUUAUGCUUGGAUUAAUAGGUUGUAUAUUGCUAUUUGUGCUUUGUCUUCAACACAAUACUUCCGAUGGAACUGAAAACUCAAAUGGUUUACUUAUGUCAAAUUUUGAACAAGCAGAACUUCCUCGAGCAGCUGCAGUUUCAAGUGUUGUUAGAAAAAUAAAUGAUGACGUUCAAUUUGUUGAAGAACAGCCAGCACAAAUUAGAAUACAACAGCCUCAAAUUAACGUUGUUUCUCAACAAUUCCAACCUUAUGUUCCAUCACAUAGACUUAUUCAUUUGGAUCUAAAAGGUGCACCUCCAAAGAUAUUAUAUUUACAAAAAUUAUUCCCGUUAAUAAAAAAAAUGGGGGGUACUGGCCUUUUAAUUGAAUGGGAAGAUAUGUUUCCUUGGAGUGGGGAAUUAUCCGAAAUAGCUGCUGGAAAUGCAUAUACUAGAGCAGAAGUUAAGGAAAUUUUAAGGUUGGCUAAAUUAAAUAAUUUGGACGUGAUACCAUUAAUUCAAACUUUUGGUCAUGUGGAAUUUGCUUUAAAAACACCAGAUUUUACCCACUUACGAGAGGUUCCAGAAUCUCCUCAAGCGUUAUGUCCAUCAUACAAUGCAUCAAUAAAAUUUGUAGAACAAAUUAUAGAUCAAGUUAUGGAGUUACACGGGAAUAUAAAAUACUUGCAUAUUGGUUGCGAUGAAGUGUUCCAAAUAGGUGAAUGUUUUAGGUGUAAAUCAAUAGCUAAAGAAGAUUUAUUUCUUUCACAUGUUGUUAAAGUAGCAACCUAUGUACGUACAAGAUAUCCGAGUACUAUACCAAUCAUUUGGGAUGAUAUGUUAAGACAUUUAUCAGUAAAUUCAAUGCAAAUGUAUAACAUUGGAAAACUAGUUGAACCAAUGAUAUGGGUUUACGCGGAAGAUGUGUAUAGAUUUGUAAUGCAAACCGUUUGGGAAAAAUAUCAGGCUGUAUUUCCUCAUGCAUGGACAUCUAGCGCAUUUAAAGGAGCAUUCGGAGAAACGCUAUAUGUUCCUAAUGUCAAGCGACAUUUGGAAAAUAAUUUAAAUUGGUUACAGUUAAUGAGUAAUGAAGAAAGUCGAUUCACUGGAGGAUUUAAAGGAAUUGUAAUAACUGGAUGGCAGAGAUACGACCAUUUUGCUGUAUUAUGUGAAACUCUUCCAGCAUCAAUACCAUCUAUGAUUGUAAAUUUAAUGGCAGUAUCUCAUGGUUAUAUGAAUCAAUCUCUACAAGCGAAAUUGAAUGAUGGUUUAAGUUGUGGUAUAUUUGGCAGCUCAAAUGAAUAUGAUGAAGAUUUUUUAAGUUUAAAAAUAGAUCCUUACCUCUGGGAACAAUUUUCUAGAUGUUCUUUCCCUGGGUAUCAGUUCUUUAGGUUAACAUAUAGACUUCACUUAAUUGAGGGAGAAUACAAUAAAUUUAUCGAUGUGACAAAAAAAAAGCGAGGAUGGAUGACUAAUUAUAAUGUAGAGCGUGAAUUUUCCACACCAAUACGUGUUGACGAGCUCAUGGAGGAAUACGCUCACAUUUAUAGACCUUUAUUGUCAUUAGUGAAACCUAUCCAAGAAUCACUAACAGGUAUUUUUGACAAAUUCACGAUAUCUGAGUGGAUCGAACAAAAAAUUUAUCCUAUGGUAAAAGAACUUGAAAAAAUACAAAAAGAGGCCCAUGACCUAAAAUUAAAAAAAACUUGGCCUAAAAGACCACUGCCAGUGUUAAAAGAAUUAGCAAGAAUUGGAUUUUCUGACCAUGAUUCUCCUACAAUUACAUUAGAUAAAAUACGAUAGUAUAACUUUAUAUGAUUUAUUAAAUUAAAUUAUGCAUUACAUUAUCAAAAAUUUAGAUUUAUAAUGAGUUUGCAAACAGAAAAUUAAGUAAAAUUAAAUUAUAAAUAAAUAGAAGAACACACGGUAAUAGUCGGAAAAGUUUCAGGGUUCUUGUUAAAAUAAAAUUUUUAAAAGGGUAUUGAAACAAAAAAAAAAGUGAUUGCUUAUAGAAUAUGUUAUUUUAUGUCAAGUUCCAACUUUGUAAAAUAUGUGCAAUCUAGUAAAUUAAUUUUAAUUUGUAAAUAUGUGAUGACCAAUUCAUUAAUUUGUAUACUAUUUGCGUUAUAUUUUUAAAUUAUUUAUUAUUUAUGACAUAUUAACACUGUGGCAUUGUAAAAAUAAAUCUUUUUAAUAAAUUUUACUAUUAUAGGUUGUAUUUUAUGUUGUGUAUACAUAUAAUAAAUAAUUUUUGAAAUUUUUAAUUAUUAAUUGUUGUACAAUUAUUGUGUGUUAAGGUACAAUAAUUAAAAAUACAAUUUUUUUUAUUGUUUGAACUAUUUAUAAGUAUCUACUAUUUUUUGUUACCUUUCAGUUAUAUAUUCUUGUGGAUUUCUGUUUUAAUUGUUUUCUUAUUAUUUAUUUUAAUUUAAUGCUAUGUAAAUAGAAAGUCGUAUUUAUAUAUUAUAUUUUGUUACCUUUUCUCAGUUUUAUUUUAUAUUAUUUACGAGUAUUUCUUUGGAAAAUUUCUCAUGAUUUCAAUAACAAUCUGUAAACUUUAAGUAACUAAAAAUUUUUUUGUAUUUUUAAUGAAUUAUUUUGAAGAUAAGAUAAAAUUUUUUAUCAACAUUGAGAGUGUAUCU